AUGGUCAAGGACCAUAAUAAAACACUAACAAACAUAUUAAUCGUAUAAGUACUUCAGUCAUGAUUUGAUAAAGAAAAGCAUAACCAAAAAUCUAUCUCUUGCAUGCAAACAAAGAAAUACAUGACGUAGCAAGUGAGUUCACCAAGUGUUUAGGUCAAUUGUUAUCUAAAACCACCAGUGUUUCGACAAACCAAGAUGAAACAAAACCUCUACUGUUGUUUACUGCUUGCUAUUACCGGUAAUACGAUCGCCAACACUCCCCAAACUGUCCAAGUACCUGGAGACACCCACUACGAACCCACAUGGGACAGUCUGGACACUCGCCCCAUCCCAUCAUGGUUCGAUGAGGCCAAAAUCGGAAUUUUCCUCCACUGGGGAGUGUUCUCAGUUCCCAGUUUUGGGGGCGAGUGGUUUUGGGCUUAUUGGAAAGGUGAAGAACCAGAAUUUGUAGACUUCAUUGAGAAAAAUUAUCCCCCGGGUUGGUCGUACCAGGAAUUUGCCAAGGAUUUCACAGCGGAGUUUUUCGACCCAGAUGAGUGGGCCCAACUGUUCAAAAAAUCAGGAGCCAAAUACGUGGUUCUCACAAGCAAACACCACGAAGGCUACGCCCUUUGGCCCUCGAAAUACUCCUUCGGGUGGAAUGCCCAAGACAUCGGGCCUCAUCGAGAUUUAAUCGGUGAUUUGGCAAAAGGAGUGCGGAGCAAAGGCCUGAGAUUUGGUCUGUACCACUCGCUGUACGAGUGGUUCAACCCUUUGUACCUUUCGGAUAAGAACAACUCGUUCCAGAGCCAAGAAUUCGUCAAUAAUAAAAUGCUGCCGGAGAUGUACGAACUCAUCAACAAUUACGAGCCUUCAAUAUUAUGGUCUGACGGUGACUGGGAGGCAAACGAUACUUAUUUCAGAUCGACUGAGUUUUUAGCCUGGCUUUAUAACGAAAGUCCGGUAAAAAAUGAAAUUCUCGUUAAUGAUAGAUGGGGGAUUGGGAUUCCGUGCAAACACGGCGAUUUUUAUUCGUGCAAAGACAGGUAUAACCCCGGGGUUUUGCAGUCGCACAAAUGGGAAAAUGCAAUGACGCUUGACAAAGAAUCAUGGGGGUACAGACGCAACGCCAAUAUAACGUCAUAUCUCACAACCCACGAUUUAAUCCAAACUUUGGCCGAAACAAUUAGCUGCGGAGGAAACCUUCUCAUUAAUGUAGGGCCAACUAAAGAAGGCACCAUUAUACCAAUAUUUCAGCAACGAUUAACAGAUUUAGGAAAUUGGCUUUCGAUAAAUGGUGAAGCUAUUUACAGUAGUAAACCGUGGAAGGCGCAAAAUGAUACUCUGACACCUGGAGUUUGGUACACGACCAAUAGUUUGAAUACGGUGUAUGCUAUUGUUUUACAAUGGCCUGAAAAAAAUGUUCUUGAGUUGGAAUCAGUAUUUGGGCUUUUUUCCGAAUCUAAUGCAAACGUAACAAUGUUGGGUUACAAAUCGGAAUUGAAGUGGAAUAUCGAUGCAAAAAGCGUGAGCAUCCAGUUUCCAAAUAAAGCCACGGUGACGAGUCAGUGGGCCUGGGUCUUGAAAAUCACCAAGUGAUGUUUUUUUAUGCUCAAAACCUUACAAUAAACUUUUUGGUAGUUC